AUGGAGGAAACAUUAAAGCAGCUCGAAGAAGAACUCAGUUCCGAGGCAGAGGGCCGAGAGUUUGACAAGGAUGACACUAAGGUUUCGUUACCUUGUGACCCCUAUUACAGCAAUGCUUCUAGUUCGAGGGGCUGGAAGCUAGGUCAACGCGAUGAUGAAGAGAGGAAUGGUACCGACAGUACACCCAAUGUACAUGCUGAACCUGCGUGCGAGGACAGGGCCCAGAAGGAAAAGCUGAAGGAACAUGUUAUGGAGAUGCUUCUCUACUCAUCCAGCCGAGUCUGUACUCCUAGUUCACCAACUGCAAAAACUUCCCCGAACCGGGAAUGGUCAAGUUUGUACCACACACUGGAGGCUGAGGAGCUGCUGCAAGACAAGAAGAGUUGGAAGUUCGUCAUGUUCCAAGAUGACUUUCUGAGUACACGCACCGAACGAGCUGACCAAGCUUUUGCCGCUCUGGUAUACGGUAGCUCUCCUGUAGCCAGACUGUUCAGGUGGAUUUUCAAGACCAAAGCGUAUAGGAGCUCGAAGGCCGGAAACAAGAACGAGGAAGUUACUUUCCUAUACACGAGAAAGAUUGAACGUUUCCAGAAAGGCCUCCUCGCUAUAGUGAGCGGUCUUGUCUUGAUGAUACCCGUGGGGAUUUUGUUCCUCCGACCGAUGGACAGGUGGAAAUGCUUAGCAGUGGUGGUCUGCUUCGGCGCUGCGUUCAUCGGCGUCAUGGUCCUUCUUGACAACAAGCUUGACAAAAUGCUGAUCGGCUUUUCGGCAUACUCGGCCGUCUUAGUCACGUACGAUUACGUUGAUAAAAACCCCCUUUUCUUGACUUUGCUGACUAAUCCCUUUUCGAUUAUAGGUUUCUGGCAAACAUACAAGACACGCAUGGUUGCUAAUGCUCGAGCUAGUCGUGUGAAAGAUAAACACCAUGUCGAAUGUUAA